GUCAGUCACCUUGAGCAGGGAGAGUGCUGUGGGCCAACCAGGGGCUGCAGGGGAGUGGGAGUGCAGAUUGAAAAAUGCAGACUACCAAGGCACUGCUGGUUUCUCCAGUUCUGAUCCGCUCCUGUACCAGGGGUCUAAUCAGGCCUAUGUCUUCCUCCCUUCUGAAUAGACCAGAGGCCCCAUCUAAACAGCCUUCCUGCAGCAGCUCCCCUCUCCAGGUGGCCAUUAUUUCCUGGGACAUUGACACAGCAGCCAAGUUUAUUGGUGCUGGGGCCGCCACAGUUGGUGUGGCUGCAUCAGGGGCUGGCAUCGGAACAGUGUUUGGUAGUUUGAUUAUUGGCUAUGCCAGGAACCCGUCUCUCAAGCAGCAGCUCUUCUCCUACGCCAUCCUGGGCUUUGCCCUGUCUGAGGCCAUGGGGCUCUUCUGUUUGAUGGUUGCCUUCCUCAUCCUCUUCGCCAUGUGAGGCUCCAUGGGGUCACCCAGCCGUCCCUGCUGCUCUGACUCCAUGCCAAUCCCAGUGCUGGAGUGUGCUAAGCUUUACCAUUAAACAACAACGUUUCUCUAAAAAAAA